AUGGCUUCAAAUAGUUCUUCAAUUUCAAGUUCGUCAAUUGAAACUGUAAUUUCAAACUCUAGUUUGAAUCCACCAUCAAAUUAUAAUUCGGAUUCCGUUAAAUUACUAUUACAAACUGAUAAUAAAAAUUAUAAAGUUAUUUUAAAUGAUAGCAAACGCGCAUCAUCAGCAUGUUGGAAGACGAUGGGUAUGGGCUUUCCAGCAAAAAAGUUACAUGACAAAGAUGAAUUUAUUGCAAUUCCUGGCUUUGCAUCAUGCUCAAAAUGUUUUGAAACUUAUCGUUAUAUUGACUCAAGCACUACUCAUAUUAAGUCCCAUAAAUGUGGAACUUCAUUAUCUUUAAAUCAAUCGUCACUUAAUCAUUAUUUCCAAUCUAAACAACCUAUUUCUGGAUCAGUAGAACGUACAAUUCCAAUAACAAAAGCUCUUGCUAAAAGAAAAGAAAGAAUACGUGAAGUGUGUGCCAGAUGGAUUGCGCAUUCAAUGCGAUCAUUUCAGAUUGUUACUGAUCCAGGUUUCAAAGCUGUAAUCGAUGAAUGUCUGAAAAUUGGACAAGAAUUUCCUGCUGAUACGAACUUAUCUUCCAAUGAUAUUUUAAGUUGUGAUCGAACAAUCAAAAAUGAAAUAAGAAGAUUAGCAGCUAGUGAGAAACUACUACUUAAGGAUCGUUUAAAAGAAGCAGUAAAAUAUGGUGGACUUUGCAUAAGUCCUGAUAUUUGGUCUGAUAAAUAUCGCAAAAUUUCUUAUAUGGGUGCCACUGCACAUUUCGUCGACAAAACUUACAAAUAUCACUCCAUUGAUUUAUUUUGUAUUGAAUUUGUCGCUAAGAAGAAAAAUGGUGAAAGUAUAAUAAAGAUACUAACGGAAGAACUAAUAUCUUUUGGAUUAGAAAAUUACCUGUCUGAUAUAGUAUUUGUUACUGAUCGUGGCAGCAAUUUUGUCAAAGGACUGAACGGUUUUACAGUGUUAUUUUGUACUGCUCAUCGCUUUAACAACAUUCUUAAGCACACAUUUUAUCAAAAUGUUUCGAAAAAAAAGAAGAACGAUCAAAACGAAACAACAACAACAGCUAUUGAGCAAACACCAAACAAAACUACUACAACAAGAACCACAACUGUUGCGUCACCAGAGAUCGAUUCUGAGGUCGAAAUGACCGAUGAUGAAAAUGAUUUUGAUACGGAUGAAUCAGAAACAGAUGAUGAUACUGAUUAUUCUUCUAUCACGAUAUCCAAUUUAUCUUCUUGUGCAAAAGAAGUUUUAAAUACGAUUAAUCAUUGUAAAGCUUUGGUCAAUCUAGAUCGUAGUGUUCAGAUGGAGCAGGAACAAGAUUUCAGUCCAACAGCUGAUGAGAAUACAAAUAAAAAAACUUAUUCAAAGAUGACAACUCUACAUCAAAGCUCCGUCGUAAGAUGGCUGUCCUUAUACGAUCUGUUAUCAAGCAUCGAAAAAGCUUAUCAUCCUUUAAAACAAGUUUUAAUUGAAAGAAAAGAGUUAGCAAGGCUUGAGAGAAUCAAUAUGAAUAUUGUAGGUCAAUUAAUCAAAUUUCUUGACCCGUGGAAACGUAUUAUGAAUGAAAUUCAACUUAGUAAUUCACCAUCACUUUUUUUAACUUUACCGUGUAUUGGUUAUUUGCAACAAGAAGUUGUAAAACUUGAACGUACUAUGAGAGGCGGUGAGUUUUGCCGUUUACCACUUAUAUGUAUGCUUUUGAAUAAUCAAAAUCUUAUUUCUUGUCUAGGUAUGCGUUUCUUUGCCAAACGAUCGUUGCAUUUAUUAGAAACAAUGUUCCAAAUUGAAGAUCUUCAUGUUAUGGGUACAUUUUUACAUCCGAAUUAUAAACAAUUAAAAUACNACUCGCUUGUACAUGGUCAUGAUGAUUUUAAAGUGGCAUCGGACACAAUAAAAGCAGUUCUUUCACCUGAUUGCACUUAUGCAUGUGCUGGUAGCAAUGAUGGAUCAGUAUUUGUUUGGAAUACAACAACAGGCAAAAUUGAAAGAGUUCUCAAUAAAGAACAUUCGUAA